AUGAACAGCGAUGUGGUGUUCGAGAUACUGUUGCUUCUUCCCGUUCAAUCCCUCUUGAAAUUGUUAGGUGUUAGUAGAGUUUGGUAUGACAUCAUUGAUUCUCCUCAAUUUAGAAAUUUGCACACUUUGUUGCAUAAAAACAAAAGAGAUGAGGAGGUAUAUCUACGGUUUAAUUUUGGUCUCGGUUAUAGUAUUGUUAGUAGAAAACUAUCAAUAAAUCUCCUAGACAACGGGAUGUCGUUGCCGUCGCAUAACUUCCGUUUGCCUAUGGACCUGAGUGUAGUAUCCGGGGCGGUUAAGGGUCUAGUCUGCCUAAGUUCUCCACGUAUGUUUUACAUUGCAAUAUGCAAUCCUUUUUUAGGCCACUUCAAGAUUCUACCACUUUCUCCCUUCUCUUCUACUUUGUCAUGUUUUUAUCACUACAAUGUGGGAUUGGGUUUCGAUGAAGAUUACAAAGUGGUGCAAGUGGUGCAGCACCGCAAGUACGGCUGGUUGCACGCGAGUCUGUAUUCUGCAAAGACGAAUUCUUGGAGAAAAUUGGAUAUUGAUCAAGAUAUGGUGAUUGAGAAACCCAUAAAGUCGGUGUGCAAGAAUGGAUCCUUUGCGCACUGGAAAGGGCUCACAAGGGCGCGGGAUAAGGAGAUUAUACUAAGCUUUGAUAUGAAGAAUGAAGUGUUUCGGACGUUUACAAUAUCACAAACGGGUGACCAAGUACUUGAUAAGUACUCGGUUCAGUCGUUUAAGGUUCUUGCCAUUCUUGCAAAGGAAGAUUGCUCUUUCGUGAUCCUUGUUUUGGAGAGUUGGGUGUUGAAGGUUUAUGAGUCGAGCGGUGAAGGGAGUGAGGUUGUUUGGAAUAAUGUGAAUGAUCUGCAACUAUAUUCUUUCGGGAUGAGCAAUGUUCGGAGCAGUGAUGAGAUUCCUGUUUGGAGGAAUGAUGAUUGUGUGGCUCUCAAAGGUUGUGAAUUGAGAGAAGUGAUUUUGUAUGAUUACCGUGCUCGGAAAUUAAUUGGACGUUUCAAGCUGCCGGAGAGCUCGUGCUUGGAUGAUUAUAUCAUUGAGUGCGAAGGAAGCUUCAUUUCACCUUAG